AGUGUAAUACCUGCUUCAGAGAUACCUUGCUCUAGAACAACCAUUUUAUGUACUGUGGGUAUAAACUAUGUAUAUGGGAUGGGGGGAACGAGGAGAGAGAAUAAAAGGAGGACAUUGUUAUUCUGACUAGUAGCCAUACCUCACGUGUUUUAUUUGAACUACCGAAAAUAGUACAUUUUGGCGACGAGAAUACAAAAUACCAACAGGAAUGGCAGGCCCAUUUGGUAAGUAUCCCACGCUCACUGAGUUUUCGAUUCGAAAACAAAUGAAAACUGUUAAAAAUAUGAAUCAAAUAGAAACAUGAAAAGUGCUUGGACACUGAGACAAUAUGGCUGAUUUUGUUAUGCGUAAAAGUAGAUUGGAAUGAUUGGAGAUAAACCUCGUUGUGAGACAGUAUGCUUAAAUGCAGUGAAUUGGAGGACAGAUUUGCGAAAGAGCAAGGAAUAAUUGGAAAAUGGCGCUUCAAUGCGGAAUUAUGCUUCAAUGCUGUAAAUUGAUCUAAAUACAGAAGUCGUUGAAAAAGAAAACAAUUUGACACCAAAUGUGCAGUGGUAUUUGUAAGACGUUGAAACCUGUUGCAACGCAUACAGCUUUGCAUACUACCUACUGCCAUAGCAGCCAUAUAUUUUACAUUGAGGUGUACGAAAACAGAUGAAAAAAAAAAACAAAGCACGGAGAAUGACAGAUCAAUUUUCGCGAAGACGAUGUGCAGGACAGAAACUGCUUUGUUUUGGAAAUAAGUUUGAUUGUCGUUAAAACAAGCUGAUCCGUUUUUGGAAAUUGUAAUAAACAUGAUACGGUCACUCGGACUGCAGCUACAACCGUUUGAUUAUGCGGCACACACAGACGACGUCGGCAUCGAGUGGCGAAAGUGGUUAAGGUCGUUUGAGAGAAUGAUCCGAGCAAGUAGAGUCGAUGAUGAGGAGUGGAAAAGGGAUUUGUUGUUGCAUUACGCUGGUCCCAGCGUACAGCAGCUAUUCGAUACGCUGCCAGAGGUGCCAGGUAUUGAGAUGCGAGGACCGCUGCUAAACAUCGAACACAACACACCAAAUAUGACGAGCUACGAAGAGGCCAGAGCUAAGCUGAACGAAUUUUUCUUGCUGAAGGAGAAUUCUACCUACGAGCGACAUUUGCUACGACAGAUGAAACAACGGUCGGGUGAGAACAUUGACGCGUUCACUAUUCGACUGCGUGUUCAAGCUGAGCGCUGCGGCUUUGGAGAUAGAGUGGAAGAGAACAUUAAAGAUCAAAUUAUCCAGAACUGCCAGUCGGCUACGCUACGCCGUGAUUUGCUGAAACGGGGAGAUGCCAGCCUCGAGGAGGUAUUGAGCGUUGCAAAAAUUUUCGAGACCGUGGCUCAGCAAGAAAAAUCGUUUUCCGGUGGAGGCGAAUUAAAACCACCCGUCGACGUAGUGAACAAAAUUGACACAGCACCGUACGGUAAGCGAAUGAAAUUCAACGACGCGAAACAACUGGAAUGCCAUCGUUGUGGCUACUUCGGUCACAUCGCCAAAGAUGACAGAUGCCCAGCGAAAAGGAAGGUAUGCAACAAGUGCGGUGGUAAGGAUCAUUUUGCGAAAAAGUGCCGUACCAAGCAAUCGAAAAGUGUGUCGACAAGGCCGACAAGAUUCCGCCAGCAAGGAAAUGCCCCAGGGAACAACACGGAUCGGAAGGAUGAGGAAGCGUACACGGUGAAACACAUAGCUGAUAAACAAGUGGAACAUAUUUUCCAUUUGACUACGCCGGAUAGCAACGGAGAAGUGCAGUGCGAGAUCGGUGGUGUAGCCACGUCGGCAGUGAUUGAUUCGGGUUCUAAUACAAUCUGCUGAGUCAGUCAAACUGGGAGCAACUGAAGGAUAAGAAAGUGAUUGUAUCGAACCAACGACGGGAGGCCUCGAUGGUGUUCAAGCCAUACGGUGGACAACCGCUGCCACUGAUUGGUGUGUUUACCGCUGCAAUCAAACUGGGUUCCAUGAAGGCAUCAGCUGAGUUUUUUGUCGUGAAAGGAGAUGGAAAAAUCCUCAUCGGUCGCGAUACCGCUACCGCCAUGGGCAUUCUGAAAAUUGAUAUACCGGUUAGUAAAGUGAACACUGACAUCGAUUGCGAGAAGCUGGGGACCAUAAAGGACAUUGUGGUAGAUAUUCCGAUCAAGGCGAAUGCUGUUCCAGUUGUUCAGCCAUAUCGGCGUAUACCGGUUGCGCUGGAGAACAUGGUUGAUAAGAAUCAGUUCGCAUCGUACUCUUGUGCUGUGCGGACGUAAGCUCUCUCUGCUGCAGGAAGUUUUACUACCUAAAGCAAUUCAACAGUACUUCUCAGUACUACCCACAAUAGCACUUUUCAGCGCUAAAUUUAUACCUACUGAUUCCUUUUCGAUCCUUGCCUGGACCCGUGCCUUCGAUUAUUCGUUGGACCCGUUUACGGAAGUCAAAUUCCGUGAAACGGUGGUAAUCCUACUUGGACACCGAUUAGGGAAAAAAACCUCCUGGAAGGUCGCUUCUAAUUGAAUCAUGGUUGCAUCAUCGAACAAAAGGAAGGGUGAAUCCUUGAAUUCACCGCUUCCUUCCAAAAAAAGUCGGUUUCAAAACUGUCGCUAAACGCGGCAAAGUUAGAAGGAAAGGAGAACUUUCAGCUUCUCCGCUUCCUUCUACUAAAACAAUUGUUUCGGAUGAAAAUUUCGUUGAAAUGAGUAAUCCUUAUGAAACGCUGAACAAUUUUUCGGAACAGCAAAUUGAGGAUGCCUCUAGCCCAGGUACUUCAAUUUCUGCUAAAAAACAACGGGUGCCGCCAAUCGUGGUCAGCGUCUGUGAAUUUGCUGGUUUUAGGCAGGAGAUCUUGAACUCCAUAAGGGGAAUCAAGGUUUCCUUCCAAAUUGCCAGGAAAGGAGACUGCCGCGUAUUGCCGGAAACCCAAAAAGAUCGGGAUCUUCUUCUCAAGUACCUUACUGAGAAGAAGCAUAAAUUUUUCACAUACGACGACAGGUCUGCACGCUUGUUCAAAGUCGUAUUAAAAGGUCUCUCUAGUGAUGACAAAUCACCUGAUGAGAUCAAAACUGAACUCAACUUAUUACUUGGAUUCACUCCAGUCCAAGUAAUAAAAAUGAAAAAGAGAACCCGCUCUGAGAAUCCUCGGCAGGGUAUCUCUCAAGAAUUUUAUUUAGUUCACUUCAACAAAAGUGAUCUAAAUAACUUGAAAUAUUUGGAAAAGGCGAAGAAAAUGUUUCUUGUCCAAGUGACAUGGGAACAUUUUCGUAAGCCUGGGGGAAAUUUCCAGAACCCAACUCAGUGCCGUCAGUGCCAAGGUUGGGGGCACGGAACGAAACAUUGCCACAUGGAUGCUAAAUGCAUGAUUUGUGGAGGUUCUUCUCACGCCAAGGACGACUGUCCGGUAAGGGAAGAUACCAGAAAGUUUAAAUGUACGAAUUGCGGUGGCAACCAUAAGUCAAACUUUUGGGAUUGC